GAUGCAGAGGCCGGGGGCAUUCCUCCUUUUCGAAAAAAAAACCUUCUGAGGAUGUUGGUCCAGAAUAGAAUUGCGGAGUUCCACACUGAGCUGGAGCCUCUGCCCACCAAAGCGCUGGAGAAUCCUUGCAUCAAGCACGCAGUUGAGCUCGAGCAGUCCCUUAUGGAGGGCGCCUACAACCACGUGCUGAGUGCUCGACAAGCUGUGCCGCAUGAAAGUUACGUAUACUUCAUGGACCUUCUAGCCAAAAGAGUAGUUAGAGACAAAAUAGCUGGGUGCAGCGAGAAGGGAUAUGAUUACUUGUCGAUAAGUAACGCGAAACAAAUGCUUAUGUUCAGCUCUGACGAAGAACCACAACAGUACAUCUCAGAGGAACACCCCGAGAGGGAUGUUAGGAAUGGCCGGGUCUUCUUCCAGAAGGCGAUGGAGUCUCAGCCCUGUAAGGAGACACCGGCGAUGCCCGCCAUGAACAAGACCCUUGGCUAUGCGAAGGAAUUCGAAAGGACAGUGUGAUUUGCUUUUUUAUUUCAUCUAGACUGUAAAUUGCCAUGAAGAGGUGGA